GCGGCCCUGAGCCCGUGGCGCGGCUUCCUGCCGCCGGUGCCGGCGGGCCGGGACGCGACCCCGCGGCGGCGCGUGGCUCACUUCACCUUCCAGCCGGACCCGGACUCGCAGCAGUAUGGGCAGACUCAGAAAAUGAACCUCUUUCAGUCAAUAACAAGUGCCUUGGAUAACUCAUUGGCCAAAGACCCUACUGCAGUAAUAUUUGGUGAAGAUGUUGCCUUUGGUGGAGUCUUUCGGUGUACUGUUGGCUUACGAGACAAAUAUGGAAAAGACAGAGUGUUUAAUACCCCAUUGUGUGAACAAGGGAUUGUUGGAUUUGGAAUUGGCAUUGCAGUCACUGGCGCUACUGCCAUCGCAGAAAUUCAGUUUGCAGACUACAUUUUCCCUGCUUUUGAUCAGAUUGUAAAUGAAGCUGCCAAGUACCGCUAUCGCUCUGGGGAUCUGUUCAACUGUGGGAGUCUCACCAUCCGGGCCCCGUGGGGCUGUGUUGGGCAUGGUGCCCUCUAUCAUUCUCAGAGCCCUGAGGCUUUUUUUGCUCAUUGCCCAGGGAUCAAGGUGGUUAUCCCGAGAAGCCCUUUCCAGGCCAAGGGACUUCUUUUGUCUUGUAUAGAGGAUAAAAAUCCAUGCAUCUUUUUUGAACCCAAAAUCCUUUACAGAGCAGCAGUGGAACAGGUUCCUGUGGAACCAUACAAGAUCCCACUGUCACAGGCUGAGGUCAUCCAGGAAGGGAGUGAUGUGACUUUGGUGGCCUGGGGCACUCAGGUUCAUGUGAUCCGGGAGGUGGCUACCAUGGCACAAGAAAAGCUUGGAGUGUCUUGUGAAGUCAUUGAUCUGAGGACUAUCGUGCCAUGGGAUGUGGAUACAGUUUGCAAGUCUGUGAUCAAAACGGGUCGCCUGCUGAUCAGCCACGAGGCCCCCUUGACAGGCGGCUUUGCAUCAGAGAUCAGCUCCACAGUUCAGGAAGAAUGUUUCUUGAACCUCGAAGCUCCUAUAUCCAGAGUAUGUGGUUAUGACACUCCAUUUCCUCACAUUUUUGAGCCAUUUUACAUCCCAGACAAGUGGAAGUGCUAUGAUGCCCUUCGGAAAAUGAUCAACUAUUAAUUCCAGGGAAAAAUGGGAAGAUUAUGUCUAGAUAUGGAAAUAUUUUUCUGAAUUUUUUUAUUUUUUCCUCAAAUUUACCUCUUUGAAAACGGUUUUUAUGAAAUGAUCUAUCAUGGAUGGUGGCUGAAGAGCUGCAAACUACUUAUUGUACUAAUAAAGAUGAAUUGAUGGUUUCCAGUGAGUGUUUCAGAAUAACUUUUAAGUGCUCCAUGUGUGUGGUGGUCUCAGGGAUUGUUUAAUGAUGACAUCUGUAAAUACUGGGUGUGGCACAGUUCUGAAUAAAGGGAAGUCACAUUGCCUUCA